AUGGCCGAUCCUCUUCCUCCAUCUCACCUCCACAUCCUCCGCAGUCGUCGCGUUCAGAUCGAAUCGCUCAUUGAUCAUGGACACGUGAAACCCGUCCUAUUGUGGCAUCUAAUUGCUUUCUUUCUGGUGCUUCCGGCCUCUGCACUUCUAGUCUCUCGUUCAACCCGGGCUCGUUACUUGCGCCCCCUCAUCCUUUUCCUGAUUCUUGGCUUCUCGGUCGAGGCAUUCCAGUCUCGACGGACUCUGCUCGGCGCCAAUGGAUAUAUUGUAGGGCUGAUCGUCGCCUGGUGGUCAACUUGGUUGAUGACUCUGCUAGUCUUUCAUGAUGUCGAACGCGACUUCCGACGCAUCGAGCGCAGGCAAUUGGGGAAAGGCGAUAGUCAAGAAAAGUCGGUCAGUGCGCGAUCAAGACAGCAUGCUAUUCAAACCCCAGAAGCCCAGAAUGUGCAAUCCCAACGGCCACCAAAUGAGGAGUAUCCUGAGCCCCUCGUGUGGCAGACAUACCCUCGCUCAUGGUCGCAUCGCCUCAAUUGGGUUUUGGGUCUUUUGCUCAACCUGCGAGGUCCUGAGUGGAAUUGGCGCAUUUCAAGCGUUGGUCCUUUUCCUGCCUCGAUAAGCACACAACUUACCCCGAAGCAUCGACGAUCGCGGAGCCAGGAACAUCGCAAGAAACCCCCUACAUAUAAAGAUGGUCGGACUCGCAUCCGCGCGGUAGCUUUCGGCUUUCUCAAGACAUACCUGACUCUGGAUGCAAUCAAACUGCUGAUGAUGCGCGAUCCCUACUUUUGGGGCAUCAUCUCAUUGUCGCAUUCGCCACCGCCACCCCCAGUUACCUACAUCUUGCCCCCCAUUCCCGGCUUGUUUCGCGUCUACCGACUCGCUCUUUCUGGCAUUGGGAUUUACGCAGCCCUUGUCUUCGUUACCGCUUUAAACCCUCUUUGCUUCUUGGGCCUCUCCCGUGCAUUCCCCAAUGCCGCCCGGGCUUUAACGGCUGUCCCAUUGGACGCUCCCUGGCUAUACCCAGAAACCUUCGGUCCCUUCCUAGCUUCCGUCCUAGACCACGGCCUCGCCGGGUGCUGGAGUCGGUGGUGGCAUCAACUAUUUCGAUUCGGCUUUCUCUCGACCGCCCAGUGGCUAAUCUCAUGGCUCCCGCGACGAUUAGCCACCCAUGUUGGUCUCCGUCGAUUCCUUCUGACCUUAAUCGUCUUUAGCUUGAGCGGCUUGAUCCACGCCAGCGGGAGCUACACUCAAUUUGAAGAGACGCGGCCCUUGUCCGGCACAUUGCUCUUCUUCCUUUUGCAGGGAGCAGGUGUUGUGAUUCAAGACUUGGCUUCUAAGGUUUUGGUCUCGGCUCUUUUCCAAUCGAAGCCAGUUCCUCGCUGGCUUCGUCGGACGUCAAAUGCGUCAUUCGCGUUCGGGUGGCUCGUCUUCUCAGGUGGCUAUAUUGCGGAUGAUUUCUCGAAAGGAGGGCUCUGGUUGACAGAGCCGUUGCCGGUUAGUCCGUUGCGCGGGUUAGGGCUGGGCGUCGAGGGUGAGGGUUGGUGGUGUUGGAGUGAACCGUGGUUCCAGUGGUGGGAUGAUGGGACAUUUUGGGGACGAGGGCUGCGAUUCAUGUGA